UACUGUAUGCUUAUGUUUUUUUAGAAACUAAAUAUGUUUGAUGUUGGAGAUGAGGACUCCGAUAGCAGUAGCGAUGAAUGUUAUUUAAAAGAAGCUAGUAGAUCUCGCAAAAGACGGAAUACAGGACCCAAAAAACCCAAAAGUGAAACAUUGACCUGGGCAGAAGCAGCAGAAAUUGUAUUAUCAAAUUAUGACCACCCGUUACCACACAAAGAAAUAUUACAAUUAAUUGAAGAUGCAAAUUUAAAGUCUAUGGGACGAGGAAAUUCGGCACCAUUGGCUGUUUUGAAUUCAAUGUUAAAUUCACAUUCACGCGGGCCUGGUGCAACAUUUUACAGAGCAGCAUCUGGAUCAGCUUGUUUUGGACUUAACAGGACAAGAAUAAGAGGUGUGAAUUCAAUUAAACCCAAUCAAAUAAGUCCCAAUAAUUCAGUGAAGAAAGUUCCUAUUAGAACUAAUAGUAGCCCACCUCUCAAAAUGGAUGCUACAAAAUCCAAAACAUAUGCUGAAUACAAAAGAGAAACCAGACCAAAGCAAAAACUUACACCACCCACAAAAUAUAGUCAAUCGACACAUCAUUUAAAGCCUCCAGGGCAGUUACCCAAAUAUUCUUCAUCACAGAAGCAACAACUAAUUCCUCCUGGCUCAAGUCAUUCAGACUCAGUAAAUCGCCCAUCUGGAAGUCUGGCAACCAUCUCAAAAGCUACAUAUGACCGUUUAAAACAACAACCAUUACACAGGCGGAUGGGCCCGACUACUUCAGCCCUUGUUCGUCCUUCGCCACCAUUUUCACGACCACCUCCUGGAGCGGCUCUAAGAGUUAUGCCUCCAAAAAAGAGGGUCAAACUCGAUGAGGAUGACGAUACUGAUAGUGAGAAGAAUGCUUCUAAGAAAGAAAACACAAAAGAAGCAAAACCAUUUAAUAGACUAAAGUGUGAGGGGACGUCAAGAAGGGAAUCACAAAGAAAUAUAGUUCGAUUGCAUUCACCCAGUAUAUUGCCUCCAAUGACCAAACAGCAACAACAACAACAACGACAACAGCGCCAGCAGCAACAGCGUGUUGCAAUAGAUCGCAACAAGCAGAAAAUAAAACAAACACAGUCAUCACCACGUCCAAAUAUUCAUCGUUCAGCCACGCGGGCAGUGCUGCAAGUAAAGCCUCGACCAAAUAUGACCUUUAAGAAAAGUUUAUCCUUGCCAAAUAUUACCAGUGUAAACCAGGACCAGGACAACUUAAAACAAAGCUUUCUUGGUGUGAAGUUUAAAAGAUUAAAAAAGGCUAACCUAGCUGACCAAAUAAAGAGAAGUAAGGAAGGAAAAUUGGACUUGAUGUCGCCUGACUCUAUACUUACGUCAGUGCACGUUAAGGAUCUGCUUAACCAAGCUACCUUCAAGUCUCUACCACAUGCUUACCAGUACCAACUCCUCAUGUUGUUACCAGAGUGUGAUCGGAAGGUUGGUGACGACGGUGCUCUGAGGUUAUCAUCUCAUGCAUUAAAUAAUGCUUUUUUCAAUCGCUCAUGUCAGGAAUUUAAAGACAAAUUAAUGGAUGGCGAAUUCAACUCGGAUAUCAUUCAAAGAGCGAAAAACGAAGUAAAUUUGCAUGCCAGGCUGGAUCCUUGGAAGGCCAAGUUCUUCGAACCUGCAUACGGAAAAUCUUCUCUUGAUAAUGACGACGACGAGAAACCACAUCCUAAGUUGCAACCUGUCGAGUCGUCAUGGUCGGCGUUUUUAAAAUUUGCUGAAAAUUCUACAAACGACUUCGAAGAAGCACUUGCUAAAAUUCAGGCCGAUGUACAGAAGCAAGCAGACAAAGAAGCCCGGGAAAAGGCUGAGGUAGAAAAAAGAAGAACAGAAACAUUAUCGGCGCGCUUAUCGAUUAAUUCGAAAAAAAAUACAUCAGGAAGUUUAAACUUGAAGGGCUCUGUGCGUUCACCUAUCACGCUAAAGUCGAAAGGCGCAAGAGCUGAACUCGCCAAUAAGGAAAAAAGCAAACGCGCAUUGAAGAAAGCGCAACAAUUGCAACGAAAAAAAGCCCUCGAUAAACAAUUGAAAGAUGCCAAGGCCAAAAUCGUUCAAGACGCUCGCUCCAGUGCGAGAAAAGAAGAUGAAGAUUCAUCUCAUUCGACUAGUGAGAUGCAAGAAAACAUUGUAAAUACGAAAGAAUUAGUCGUUAUCGAACCUCUUCCGCAGACAUCUAUUGCGCUGCUCAACAAAUCAGCUAUUUCUACUGUUUCAAAUUCUACGACGAAUGCUAUUACAACUGAAACCACGUCUAAAAAGGAGGACGAAAAAACGGAGGACAAAGUACUAAACUUGAGCGAUAGUUCGACAUUAAAAAAGCUAAUAGAGACAAGCGAGACGUUAAAACGGACUAAAAAACUGACACCAAAAAGAAAGGUAAAUGCGAAUAAGACAUUAGCAAGUAGAAUUGUCUACGGGCCGUCAUCAUUUAACACGAGUGUCGAAGGAGUGUGCCCGUGUAAUUUGAAAGCGAUGGUGGUGUGUAAACAAUGCGGCUCUUUCUGGCAUGGCGAUUGUGUAAACGGUGAUAAGAUGUGCUUGCUUUGCACGUCUUGAUUAUAUUUUAAACUCACAUCUGUGAAAACAAACGACACUGGUAGUCGACGUGAUAACAUCAGUUUUUCCUCAUCGUGUUUUUUUAGUACCGAAAAAGUAAGAAUUCUAAAUCGUUUUAUUUCCCCGAGCGCACAUCGCUCAUUCAUGAGCUUUUUUACCGUGUUAUCGACUUCUGUGUAAGUAGCUUACGCAGUCCAUUUCAAGGCUCCUAACACGUAACAAUCGCCUUUAGUAUUCGCCAAUAUACUGUACAAGAAACAUUGCCGAAAAUGAUUUCCCAUAAAACGGUGCGUAUUGUGUUUUUUAAAGCUGUCUGUCUCCAUUAGUGUAAAAUAAUUUUCACGAAAUCUUAAAUUGUGUGAAAGGUAGUAGAAAUUAUUUCAAGUGGUGUCUUUUUUAGUUUUUAAAGAUAAAUUCUAUUUAUA